AUGUCUAAGAAGAUAGUGGUCAAAGCUGACCUCGUCGGCAAGACAUGCAUGAGGGAUAUCAUGUCAGUUGCUGCGACGCUCCAAGGCAUCAAGUCGAUGGAAGUUGACGCUGAGAAGUGCACGCUGACGGUGGUCGGCACCGUCGACCCGGUGUGCAUCGCGCAGAAGCUCAAGAAGAAGUGCUUCGCCGUGAAUAUCAUCAGCGUCGAAGACGACAAGCCCAAGCCCCCGGCCCCGGAGAAGCCGAAGGACCCCUGCAAGGAAGCGUGCGAGAAGAAGUGCGACAAGAUCACCUGCUGCAAGGAGUGCAAGGACAAGUGCAAGGAGACGUGCGAGAGGCGGUGCAAGGCGUGGCUCGAGAGCGGCGGCUGCUGCUCCUGCCGCACGCGCUGCGCCGUGCCCAGCUACCCCUACAGCGGGUGCAGCGGUGGCAGCUGGCCCUGGCCCUACGGCUGCUAG